AUGUGGGGCCAGAAGUGGAGAACUCGUGGCACCAGGCAUGGAAUAGGAAAUAGGAAUAGUUCAUUCUCUGGAACACUCUUCUGCUGUAAAGGCGGCACAUUGUUGGAAGAAGUAGGAAGAAACUUCUCAAAGCUUUUAUACUGUAUUUCUUUUCAAGCUGCUGCUAGAAGAAUUUGCAGCAAAAGUUGGGUUCUUGCUCCUCCUCUGCUGAAUUCAAGUGUUAAUCAGAGGAACCUCAAUAACGUACAGAAACAGAGAUGGUGCUCUCAACUUGUACGACGCUUCUCCACCGAAGCUGCAGGUAGCAAAGAAAAUUCCGAGACCCAAGAGGUUGCAGUCUCCGAAGGUGGCAAGAAAUCAAAGCUAUUUCCAAGGAGACGCCGCCGUGGCAGUGGCAGUCUUUGGAGGCGCAACAACUCUGACUUUGCACCUGCUCUUUGGGAAAAUUUACCUUCAGGACUUGGAAAUGCAUUGUUGCAAGCCACAGAGAAUAUCAACAGGAUAUUGGAGAACCUGAAUUUAAGCCCCACGCAAUUAAUGGGAAGAUAUAAGGAGGACGAAAAGAGCUACAAAAUCCGGUAUGAUUUGCCAGGGCUAAGCAAGGAGGACGUGAAGAUCACAGUGGAAAAUGGAGUUGUAACAAUAAAAGGUGAGCACAAGGAAGAACAAGAAGAAGGUUCAGAUGACGAGUUCUGGUCAUCGUCAAGAAGCUAUGGAUACUAUAAUAAUAGCAUUGUGCUACCUGAAGAUGCUAAGGUUCACGAGAUCAAGGCUGAAAUGAAAGAUGGUGUUUUGACAAUCCUUAUUCCUAAAACUGAGAUACCUAAGAAAGAUGUCAAGGAAAUUCAAGUUAUGUGAGGUUUUUUUGUUCGAUAAAGUAAUAUCAGUACACAUGUUGUAAUGUUCCUAUGUGUAAGUUAGGUGUAAGUUAUGUGUGAGCUUUUGCUUUUGUUAAUAAAUAUGACUGCUAUUUACUCUCUA